AUGGUGCGCCGGAAACGCCCCUAUGUUCCCAAGGUCAAAGGAUGCUACGAGUGCUCCCAAAGGCGCAUCAACUGUGAUCAGACGCGUCCAGGAUGUCUGAAAUGCGCCUCCCGGGGCAUCGACUGCAGCGGGUUUGGGGUGAAGUUCAGGUUUCGGGAAGGCCUGUCCCGUGGGGUAAAAACCGUCAAGUGGCAGAUGGAGCAGGCCAAAAGUCCUCGGAUCCAUGAUGUGCCCAUCCUCCCUCAAGCGAAUUCGCCAACGUGCAGCUCUUCAACAUGCAGCGUGGACUCUCCUACCAACGGCGAAGAGUUUGUCGCUGAACUGGGAAACACAGCUUCUGAUGCCCUGGAAGACUCAAUAUUUAACUUUGACAUACCAUGUGGGCUCUUUGACGAUAUUGCUGGGGCUGUCGUUCCGCCAACACUUGACGGCGUGGCUGAUGCUGAAGCCGCCUCGGAAAAGCCCGGAGAGCAAAGCUUGCAACUGUGGCCUUCUAUCGACAAAACUUCAUCCUGGAAAGACUUCUUACUUGAUUACUUUUCUAUGAAAAUUGCUCCCGAGAUGGUCGUCAUAGAUGAUAACCACAACGGCUGGCGCCACGCAAUUCUACCAAUGGCCCAGUCUAACGAGAUAGUCAUGAACGCGGUAAUGGCGGCUGCUGCGUAUCACCUGGCCGGGUCUAUUGGAAACGAGACGGUCUCUCAGGCGCUGAUUGAUCCCAGCCUGCUAUACGAAUCCGCCAUUCAGGGUCUCCAGCAACGACAGCAACUAACAAACCAAGACUUCGAGACGCAGCAGGCAGUCAUCCUAUCUAUCGUCGUUCUUCUAACUGCGGUCAUGGUAAAUGGUUGCACAGAUUUCCCCAUUAUGUUUCAAAUGCUUGUGUCGGCCCUUGAUGCCAUCGGAGGAGAAGCCACCUUUGCUGAGUUGGGCGGCGAAGUGGCUGAGUUUUCCAUCCGUCAGAUCCGCAAGAUGCGAGUAUACGCUGCACCGUUACUAAGUCCUGAUACGGGACUGCUCGAGAUCCUUUGCCGAGCGGAAGAGAGUUUCGACUGCCUAGAGUAUUAUAAGCGUCUAUAUCCUCAAUACGCAGACGUAUUUGGCACAAUUGAGAACAUACGGCAGCAAGCUUAUAACAUAUAUCUCGACCGGGCCCUAAAGUCAUGCAACUCGCUGGACAUCGACCCCGACAAAGAGCUCGCCGAAGCAGAGGGUUCCGUCCAAGUCGAGGGUGACGAUGAGCCCUUAAUCGAAUAUUUCACUCAGACACUCGAGGCGUUCCCGAAAGGUGCACCAGGCGAGCACUGCUUUGUUUGGCCCUGCUACAUCGUCGGAUCGGCGAGCAGGAAUCCUCGUCAUCAAGCCAUUCUCGAAGGAUAUCUAGAGCGACAGUAUUAUCGUAAUGGCUUCGCGAAUCUGCUUCGUGCCAAGGAGAUGCUGAGAUAUAUAUGGGAUCGCGGGGCCGAUCGCGAUGACUGGACGGCGUUAUUGCCGGAAUCUCGUGUAUUUGUUAUGUAG